AUGUCGAAUAGCUCGUUCCCGGGUACCAACCCUUUUCUAAAAGUGGCCACCAAAGAUGAGAACAAGCCCUCGGCGUUCAACAAAAUCGCAGAAGACGAAGAGUAUGAGGUGACGUCACCAACCGACUCAACGUUCAAAACCAGCAAGAUCGCUGCCAGCAACUCGUCCGGCGGAAAUAAUCCUCUCGAGACUGGUCGGGCUGGUGAAUCGGGCGAGGGAAUACGUUUUGGAAGGGAUCCGUUUGGUGGUGGCCUCGGUGGCCAGGAAGGCCAGGAUGAAUCUGGACUACCAGAGGACUUCCGCCCAACCGGUGGGCCCAGCCAUGGCUUUCCCAACAAUUACGCCCUAGGUCGCCGAACAUCUGUAUCUGCUGAAUCUCUGAACCCUACAUCCGCUGGCUCAGAUAGCUGGACCCCGCCGCACCAUCCAAAGUCGGAGGAACAGGUCGGCCGCCUGAAGACAGCCGUCAGCAACAACUUCCUCUUUUCCCAUUUGGACGACGACCAGUCUCGGACUGUGCUAGAUGCCCUAGUUGAGAAGCCCAUCCCAGCAAAGGAUAUCAAGGUCAUCUCCCAGGGCGAUGCUGGUGACUUUUUCUACAUCGUUGAAGAUGGCCAUUUUGAUGUUUACAUCAACCCCUCUGGCUCUGUGCAAUCGGGCCCAGAUGGAAUGGGUAACAAAGUCGGCACAAUUGGACCUGGUGGCUCAUUUGGAGAACUGGCUCUCAUGUACAACGCACCUCGAGCAGCAACAAUUGUAUCGGCCGACUCAAAAAGCACUCUCUGGGCUCUAGAUCGCAUUACCUUCCGGCGCAUCCUCAUGGACUCGGCAUUCCAGCGACGACGCAUGUACGAGGCUUUCUUGGAAGAAGUUCCGCUCCUCUCGUCGCUCAAGCACUAUGAGCGUGCGAAGAUCGCUGACGCGCUCGACACACUCAAAUAUCCAGCAGGUUCACGUAUUAUUAAUGAGGGUGACCCAGGCGAUGCCUUUUUCCUCCUUGAGUCUGGCGAGGCUGAUGCUUUCAUGGAAGGCGUGGAAGAACCGGCCAAGUCAUACAAAAGGGGAGAUUACUUUGGUGAACUCGCCCUAUUGGACGACAAGCCUCGAGCAGCCAGUGUUGUCGCCCGAACUGAGGUCAAAGUUGCCAGACUCGGCCGGGAUGGGUUCAAGCGGCUGUUGGGCCCAGUGGAGAAUAUCAUGAGAAGGACGGAGUACACAUCGAGACCCUCUACAGCACAAUAA